AAAGUGGCGCCCACAUUGUCCACGACUUGAAAGGGGUUUAGGGUUUAUCCCGAGGCAAUGACAGAGGCCAUCCAAGAGACAGCGAAGUGUGCUCUACUCGUCUUCCCUGCACUCCAUCUUCCACUCUACAUACAUACAUUUGCACACAAAGAGAGAGAGAGAGGAGAAAAUGGUGGUGUCAAAGGCAUCCGCGUACGAGGAAAGCCGUCUGAAAAGGCUGGAAGAGAACAAAAAAAGGAUGGAAGAACUCAAUCUCAACAAACUCGCUCAAGCGCUCUCUACCCCUAAAUACUCUCCUAUGAAGCGGGUGAAGCCGAAAGUACCUCGGCAGCCAGUGGACCUCUCGGCUGUGAGAAGAUCCGGUCGAGUUGCCGACAGACCACCCACCAGUUACAAGGAAGAACCCAUUGAGCCUUCGGGGAGGGCAAGAAGCUAUAAUAGGUCUUAUAGCUACAAUAGAACGAACUUGGCAAAUCGAGUAUAUGCCUCAGCUGAAGGCAGGGCGUAUGCCAUUGAUAGAGCAGAAGCAUUGCAAUCGGGCUUAGAAUCCAAAUUUCCAAGCUUUGUAAAGCCAAUGCUCCAAUCACAUGUUACUGGAGGGUUUUGGUUGGGCCUCCCUGUCCAAUUCUGUGAAAAACAUCUUCCAAGCCAUGAUGAAUUCAUUGCUUUGCUGGAUGAGGAUGAUAAUGAAAGCCCAACAAAGUACCUUGCUGAGAAACGUGGACUUAGUGCGGGAUGGAGAGGGUUUGCCAUUGAUCAUGAACUAGUCGAUGGAGAUGCAUUGGUUUUCCAGCUAAUCGAGCCUACAAAGUUUAAGGUCUAUAUCAUAAGGGUGAAUCAAGUUGAAGAUGAUGAUGAGGCUCCCAAUGUUACGGAAGUUGAAGUUAGUACCAAACGGACUAGAGCAAGCAGAAAGUAGCACCAAAUCUCCAGGCUUUCAAAUUGUCCUUGGCACCCUUAUAUUUUGUGUACAAAUUGCUGAAACUAGGCCAUAGUAUUUUAAGAGGGGAAGGAAUUUUUUUUUCCGAGACGCCAUCCAUUCAAAUUGUGGGGUAACUCUUGAUGUCUAGUUAUGCGAUAUCUGACCACGCGUGUACAAACUGACUACAACUUUUUUGUGAAAUGAAUGUUUGUUUGUUCGCCUCUCACGGCAGGUUAU